AUGAAUUACUUGCCAAUAUAUUUAAAGCAGAUUUUUCUAGGUUUUGGAAAUCCAUCUGAAAUCUUCCUAAAACUACUUGACUGUGUUUUAUCAUAGAUUAUUUGGUUUUAAGAUAAUUAGUAUAUUUACCUAUAUUUUAGAAUAGUCAUUCUGUUGAUAUUUAACUUUUUAAUUUGCUUGUUUACAUUGAUUUGCUUUAGAAUUUUAAAAAACAAGGACCUUUUAGUUCAUACCUCAGUACUAAUAUAUUUCAUCAUUCAUUUAUUUACUCAUACAAUAGAUUCAACUUUAGGAAUGAUAUUUUGUGUGAAAGUAGAUGACUAAUUUUAUAUAAACUAACAUCCUAGCAUUAAAUGUGAUGAAGUCCAUUUAUCUUUUGUUAAAAAAAUGCUAAUACCUUGUCUUUGUAUUUAACUGCUCUUUAUUUUUUUAGUUUUUCUCUACAUUAUUAGAGAAAAUCAAAAUAAAACGAAUUCCAGGAAAAUUUCAAGCAUAUUUAACUAAUUCUAUAAGCAUUUUUGGUGGUAUUUUUACUAAAUAUUGAUAAGACUACUGAUUAUAGCAAUAGAUAAUUACUUCUUUUUCGAUGUAUAUUUAAAAGGCUCAGUAUUAUGCUCAUUGUAUUUGUCAUACACUCUAACACAAUUAUACUGUAAAAUAAUUUUAAUUUAAAUAUAAAAUUUUAUUCUUAAAUUAUAUAAUAGUUAAACCUUACACUAGACUCUAGUUUAAUUACUUAGACAUUUUUAUUUCUAUUUUAAUAACUAUUAAUUUUGGAAUGAUUGA